AACGCGCACGGGUGUUCCUUGAUCGCGACGUGAAUCCGCAGUCGUGUUUUCCGUUCUAACUUAUCUUCCGCAUGUUGGAUUGCUGCAUGCGCUUACGUACGCAUCGUCAGGACAAUGAACGGUAACGACAAUGCGAGGAUGUGGUUGCUAGAGUUGUAUACACUAUAUAAGUAACUCUGCUCGCUGCUACUUCCUAGCGACAUUGUCAUCUUGAUCAACCCUACAACAAGCAAGAGAGCUGGUCGAUCUUAUCUCGAGCGAUUUCAUACUCUAUUACUGCUUCGUAUCUUGCAACCGACUACGAUUCAAUUCAAACUGCAGUCAUGGCAACAGAAAAACAUAUCGUGGCAACAGCAUUGGCUUUGCUGCUGGCUGUGGGAUCUGUGCGAAGCUCAAGCAGUACCGCAGGCGACAUAUGCGAAUCUUUCCGCAGACUUUGUCAAAAAGAUUGGUACGGAGGAGAUGGGUUACGCCGAGAUACUGCGGGAGUAUCAUGUCACAGCAUUCGUGCACUGAUGAGACGCACUGGACAUGUAGUCUUCUCUUCUGUUCGAUGGAUUAACCCUACCCAAGUGCCUGGUCGUGAAUUUCAGAUUUACUGUGACAUGACAUCAUUUGGUGGUGGGUGGAGCCUCAUCUAUUCGAGUCGUGAUGAUUCUACUGGUAACAACAACAUGCAGAAAGGGAAUAAGUACACCGCACACAUCACUAGCCUCGACCCAGGAAAUGCAAACAAGCGUCUGGCGUACGACGUAUUUAAAGCCAUAGAGCAAAGCAGUGGAGGAUACGAAGAAGUGAUGCUGACCGGAUACAGAGACUACAGAUUUAAGAGUUCGUUGAUCAAGAUGUACUUCCACAAAAUUUCAACGUCAGGACUUACUUUCAGUCAGUUUAUAGCAAGAGGAAUGGGUGGUUACAGAAGUGGCUGUGGCACUUCGAAAUCUUACUACGGCACAGAAAUAAGCAGCGGCAAACCUAUUGCUCUCAGCUGGGACGACUAUGCUUUCGUUGCUGGAACGAUGUCUUCCAGCUGUUCCUGGGAUAAAGAAAUCUGGAAUGAGAUUGAUGCACGAGGUGGACAUUUACUUGCUCCAAAAGACUGGCAUCAUGCUGAAUCACACAGCAGUCAGUCUCGCUCUAGCGGAAGUUGCGAAAGUCGCGGUCUCUUUCACAUUUUCAUCCGCUGAUGAAGUCCAAAGGCUUCAAAUGGUGGAUGACUAUUGGUUCGUAGUUUAAACUAGCCAUUUAAAGUUUACUGUAAAUGAAAUGACAACACCGUGGUAGACAAACCUUGGUAGGCAUUACUAGUCUGUAGUAGUUUGGACACUGAUUAGCACUGCAAUUGAUAUUUCAAUAAAAAGUAAUAUUAAUCUGACAAUGUGGAUACCGUAUUUCUCCAAAAAGACUCUAUAGAGACUUUGAGUUAGUAUUUAUCAGCCACCUAAGACUCUGGGUUACUAAUCAA